AUGUCCACCACGUCCUCUCCACCCGUCAAAGACCACAAGGAUAUCGGCUCUUCUUUGAAGCGCCUUCUCCCCAACCGGCCCGUCAAGCCCGACUUCCUCAAAUCCACGCCCACAUCCAAGCCCAACCCGGCACUAGCCAAAUCAGCCGUCAAUCCAGACUACGUCCUAACCGAAGCCCAAAAGGAGCAGUUCCUGGAGUACGGGUUCACGAAGAUUGAGAAAUGCUUCACGCGGGAACAGGCCGCUGAGUUCACGGCGGAUAUGUGGACGCGGCUGGGCAUGUCGCCGACGGACAAGACGACAUGGACGGCCGAGACCACACACAUGCCGCGGCACCGGCAAGUCGCCGUGUCGGAGUUCGCGCCGAAGGCGUGGGCGGCGAUGUGCCAGCUGCUGGGCGGGGCGGACCGCAUCUGGGAGAGCUUUGGCGGGUGGGGCGACGCCUUCAUCGUCAAUCUGGGCAAGCCCGAGUACAAAGCGGAGGACCGCCUGGAUCUGCGGAAGGAUCUGUGGGGGUGGCAUAACGAUGGGGAUUUCUUUGUCCAUUUUUUGGAUUCGAGGGAGCAGGCCCUGCUUGUUAUUCCACUGUGGAGUGAUAUCGUACCGAAAGGUGGUGGGACAGUGGUUUGUACAGAUGGGAUCAAGCAUAUUGCAAAACACUUGUACGAUCACCCGGAAGGAGUUACUCCAUGGCUGAAGUCAGUCAAUGACCCCGAACACGCAGCUUUUGAAGGUCGUAAUUUUUGGAACGAUCUGGCCAAAGAUCCAUCCCGGACUCGGGACGAGAGUUUCUUUGAAAUGACCGGCGAGGUAGGCGAUGUGAUAUUGAUGCAUCCGUUGAUGCUGCAUAGCGCUUCAAAAAACCUAAGGAGGGAUGUCAGGGUUAUUACCAAUCCACCUGUGGCGUUAAAAGAGCCUUUCUGCUUUGAUAGAAAGAACAAGGAUGAGUAUAGCCUAGUGGAACUCAAGACGUUGAAGGAUUUGGGCAUGCCGGAUGGCUUGCCUGGGUGGAAGAUAACCGGCGAGAGAAGAGGCUGGACUCCAGCGAGGGUGAAGCGACAAGAGGAAAUGAAGAAAAGGGAGUUGGAGAGACUGAAGAGCCAAUAG